AUGGCCACGAGAGCUCCCGCAGGCCGACCUGGCGCAGGCGGCAGGUUUGCCCAGUUCAAGCUCGUCCUCCUCGGUGAAUCUGCAGUGGGCAAGAGCUCGUUAGUUCUUAGGUUCGUCAAAGACCAAUUCGACGACUAUCGCGAGUCCACAAUUGGCGCCGCGUUCUUGACGCAAACGAUAUCGCUCGAUGAGAAUACGACGGUGAAGUUUGAAAUAUGGGACACAGCGGGUCAAGAGAGGUACAAGUCGCUAGCCCCGAUGUAUUAUCGGAAUGCGAAUUGCGCUGUCGUCGUCUACGAUAUCACACAGGCCUCAUCACUGGACAAGGCAAAGUCAUGGGUGAAAGAGCUCCAGAGACAAGCCAACGAGAACAUCAUAAUUGCGCUCGCCGGAAACAAAUUGGAUAUCGUUAAUGAACAUCCCGAUAAACGCGCCAUCCAGACAGCGGACGCGGAAGCCUACGCCAAAGAGGCAGGGCUUCUCUUUUUCGAGACCUCGGCCAAGACGGCAACCAAUGUUAGUGAGCUCUUCACCGCCAUCGCCAAAAAGCUCCCUCUUGAUCAGGCAGGACCUCGCAACUUGAGGUCAAACCCUCGACCAGGAGUAGAUCUACGACCCGAGUCGACUGGCACUCAAGGCGCUGGAAAUUGCCAAUGUUAA